AUGGCGCCGCCCGACGCGGAGGACGCGGGGGACGCCUCGGAGUGCUCCUCCUCCGAGUGCUCGUUCCACUCGUUCGACGCAUCGGAUCCCUCCGCGUCGAACGAGGAGGACGACGAUUCGACGGCGUCGCGCCCCGACGCGGUCGACGCCCGCACACCGGAGCCGCCGCGACCGGACGCGCCGCGCGGGGCCGCCGCCGACUCGGACGCGUCCACCACGUCGGGCUCCGACGCCGACGCGUCCACGUCGGACGCCGAGUCGGACUCGGACGACGAGCCGAUGCUGAGCUACGCGCGAGUGGGCGCGUCGGUGCCGUCCGCGCUGGAGUCCGCAGACGACGCGACGUGCGCGGCUUUCGCGGCGAACGGGAAGCUCGCGCUCGGGCUCCGCUCCGGGCUCGUCCUCGUCGUGGACGGCGCGAGCGGGGAGACGACGCAUCGAACGCGCGCGCACCCGGGGCGACGCGUGGAGGACGUGUCGAUGGACGCGACGGGCGCGUUCGUCGCGUCGUGCGCGGACGACGGCGUCGUCGUCGUGCACGCGCUGGUUUCGAACGGCGGCGGCGGGGGAGAAGAAGGCGACGCGUCGACGACCGCGAUCUUGAGGAUCGUGUGCGAGCAUAGUAUAAAAACGGUCGCGAUCGAUCCGUUAUUCGCGUCGAAACGCGCGCGCCGCGUCGUCUACGGCGGCGUCACGGGGGAGCUGGCGUUGAACGGGAGGGCGCCCGGCGCGGGGGAAACGCGCGCGUCGUCGACGUUACACGCGGGCGAGGGCGUCGUGCGCCUGACGCGGUGGGCCGGCGAUCUGAUCGCGUGGGCGAACGAUCUCGGCGUGAAGCUGUACGACGUUCAACGGCGUCAGAGGGUCGCGUUCAUCGACAAGCCCAGGGGGACGCCGAAGCCGGAGGAGGCGCGUUCUAUCUCACGCUGGUUCCCAUACGACCGCGUCGGCGUGUGCGCGCCGAGGGCGGCGUGGUUGGACCCGGACGGCGGCGCCGUCGCCGUCGCGUGGGGGGACUGCGUGAAGAUCGCGCGCGUGCUGACGCGCGUGGAGCGGCGCGCGGGUGGUGGUGGUGGGGGCGGUGGUAGUGGUGGGGGCGGUCCCGCGAUUCGGGGGACCAUCGGCGGGCGGACGAAGACGGGCGAAGAGGAAGACGAGACGAGCGGCGACGAGACGUCGUCGUCGUCGACGACGACGACGCGAUACGUCGAGAUCGUCUCCGUGUUCCAAGUCGACGGGUACCGCGUCGCCGGGCUGGCGCCGUUCGGCGGCGACGCGCUCGUCGUCCUCGCCUUCGUCGUCGAGGACGACGACGACGAGGAGGAGGACGACGACGCGGCGGACCGCCGCGGCGGCGCCGGCGCCGACGCCGCGCCGGCGCCCGGUCCCGGUCGGGGCCCGCGUCGUCGUCGGUCGGCGCAGCCGGAGUUUCGCGUCGUGACGUGGGAUAACGAGGAGCUCGCGAGGGACGCGUUGGGCGUCCGCGCGUUCGAGACGCGCGCGGCGAACGACUACGCGCUGGCGUGCGCGCUCCCGGGGAGCGCGGCGUCGACCGAAGAGGAUCAGGAGGACGCGUUCAGGAGGACCCCGACGCCGACGUACUACCUCAUCUCUCCGAAGGACGUCGUGAAGGCGACGCCGCGGACGUUCGAAGAGCGCGCGCGCUGGCUCGCGUCGAGGCGUAAGUACGAGCUCGCGCUGGAGAUUUGCGAGGCGGAGUGCGCGUCGUCGACGUCCGCCUCGGCGUCCGUCGCCGCCGCGCUUCUUCGCGAGAUCGCCGCGGAGUACCUGACAGAACUCCUAUCCGAGGAGAAGACGCUCGCGAAAGCCGCGAGCGCGUGCCCGCGGCUGCUCCGCGGCUCCGCGGAGGAGUGGGUCAAGUGGAUCGACGUCUUCGCGGGCGUCCGCGGCGGCCUCGGCGCGUUGGCGCCGUACGUGCCGACCGCCUCGCCGACGCUCCCUCGCGCCGCGUACGAAACCGUCCUCCUCGCGUUUCUCGCCGACCCGAGAGACCACCCGCGGUUCCUCGCCAUCGUGAAAGGUGCGUUCUAUACACUGGUUCCCAUACGACCGCGUCGGCGUGGUGAACGCCGAUCCUUAAGGACUUUGCCCGGCGCUUCUCUCCGCCCAGGGUCCCUCGCUUUCAAUCCCCGCCCUCGACGCCUUUCAACUCCAUCUGACGCCUAUGAACUCCACCCCGACGUUCGCUCGUAUGGAAUGGCCCUGAAAGCGUGGCCCGCGAGUUUGUACGGCGUCCCCGCGCUCAUCGCGGCGACGCGGCGGCAGGCGACGGUCGCGCACGCCCCGGGGGGAUGGGCGGGGGCGGGACCCGACGACGACGACGACGCGGCGGCGGCCGCGAACGAUUCCCCGACGUUGAAGGAGGCGCUCGCGGAGCUCUACCUCCUCGACGGCCAGGCCCCGAGGGCGCUCGCGACGCACCUCGAGCUCGGGAGACGCUCAGCGCUCGAGUUCACGCGUCGGCACGACCUGUGGCCCGUCGCGGUCGCGUACGGCCACGGCGCGAUCGCGCGUCUCGCGUCGUCGGACCCGACGCGCGCGGCGGUACAGCUGGCGUCCAGACGCGACGUCGACGUCCCGGCGGGCGUCGUCGUCGAGCAGCUCGAGGCGGCGGCGGCGGCGUGCGAGGAAGAUGGAACGUCAACCGUCGGCGGCGGAAGCGGAAGCGGAAGCGGAAGCGGAAGCGGACCCUCGCGCGACGCCGCGCGCGAGGCGCUGUGCGCGUACCUGCGGGCGCUCUUCGCGGCGGACGAGGACGCGAGCGAGCCGUUCCAGGGGAGGAUGCCAGAGUUGCUCCGCGAGUUUUACCCGGACGAGCUCAUGGCGUUUCUGGAGCGCGGGACGGGGUACGACCUUCGCGCCGCGCUCAGCGCGUGCGAGGGCGACGACGACGUCCGGGCGGGAGGAGGCGAGACCGUGACCACCGUGACGACGUCGACGUCUCAACAACGGUCGUCGCGGUUCGCGAGCGAGCGCGUGUACCUGCUCGGGAGGAUCGGCGAGACGAAGCGCGCGUUGGAGGUGCUCGUGCGCGAGGCGCGUUCUAUUCUACACGCCGGUCCCCGUACGACCGCGUCGGCGCGGUGA